UUUCAUUCGUUCGGAUCUCCCGUUGAUCAUCGCCACUCGCCAGCCAGCAGCCAGCCAGUUUUACGUCGCGUAUUUUGGAAUGUAGUCGUGCGGAGUGGAGUGACGGUCAAGAAAAAUAUCAUUUUUUGCCUUUUCUUACAAAAAGAGUAGCAAAACCGUGGUGUGGUGUGGUGCUGGCAAUCCGUCCCGUCGCCAGGCAGUCCCACAUUCGCAAAACAAUUUGAUUCCUCCUUCGUUCUGUGGGAAUCCAUCAGAAAAUCCCGAAUCGAUUGAUGCGGAAAAACGGUGCAGCUUGUGUUUAGAUAACCUGCGACUUGGCUUCCUGCCUUCCUAGUGUAGAAAGUGUGGCGAUUUUCGAUCCGAAGAGUGUGAAAUAAAACUGUGAGUGGUGUUAACCAAUCGCGGAAGUAAAGGCAAGCAGCUUUACAGAGUGCCAUCGCUUUUUUAUUUUGCCUGAUCCAGAAGUGAAUAAAAAGGAAGAAAAUCGGGAGGAUGGUCAGGGAACCUCCUUCGCUGUACAGCUCCUGUCUGGUGGCCUAUGUCCGGAACCUGAACUACAGCGUCACCAGCAUGGACCGGACCGUUGUGGACCUCCGGAUGCUUCCGACGGCGAUACUGGCCAACGUCUACGAACAGAUGUGUAACCACGAUUCCCUGAAGGAAAUUCUCCUGGUGCAGCUCACCGACCUGAACACCUUCCAGAAGGUGAUCCGCCAGGCCUCCCUCAAGCAGAUCAUGUUCAAGUGCGUCCAAACGCUGAUGACGGCCCGGCGCCCGGUCGUCACCGAACUUCGGACCAAGUUCUGUCGAACCACCCGUGUGUACUACCUGGAGAACGAGAACGUGGCCACGGUGAAGGAAGCCCGCCUGGAGGACUUUCUCGGUGCCCACGGCGAGGUAUCGCACGAAACCUCGAUCUGCCAGGACGGACGACAGUUUGUUGCGGCAUUCAUCGAGCAGGUCGACAACGGCAUCCGGUUAGGGUCGUUCCUGUGCGAGUCCGGCUGGUUGGAGGAAUCGCUGCACGUGUUCAACAUCACCUUGUCGAUGAUUCAGCUGCUGCAGGCGAGCUACUUGCGAUCGCUGAUCGAGCUGAACUGUCUCCAGAAGUUACUGUGCGCACAAACGGCGUUCUGCUGCUUUAAGGAAGCGAAUAUAACCUGUGCCCAAGCGUUGAACAUUAUCGAUAAGUUAACGCAGGAACGUCAGCAGGAACUAAGGCUGCAGAGAUCUAAACUCGAAGGCACCACCAGGGGAACCUGUAGCAGCAGCAGCAGCAGUAGUAGUGGGAGAGCCAACUGCUGUAGCGGAAACAGCAAACGGAGCUUCCUCACCAGUAGUAGCAGUUGCGCCCUCGCCGGCGGUGAUAACGAUAGGCUUAGUAAUAUACCAAACAGUUUGCUCGCCAAUAUUUACCAGCAGAUUUCGGUGCUGCACUUUUAUCGGAGCGAGUACGAUCUGAGCUACCGGUGGAGUAUCCGGGCGCUGAAGCACAUCAACAAGAAUACUCCCGACAAAAUAAUUGUGGACGUCCUGCGGCAGGUGGCCAAGUCCUGCGUCGUGAAGCGUCAAUUCCAACUAGCCAGUAUGCUGAUCAAGCAGGCGGUUUGCCGAGCGCGGACCAGCUUCGGAACGAACCACCAAAAGUACGCCGAUGCCUUGCUGGACUAUGGGUUCUUUCUGUUGAACGUCGACUCCAUAGCAAACAGUGUGGCUGUCUACACGGAAGCGCACGAGAUCCUGUGCCGGAUUUUCGGCCCCCGGAAUCUGCACGUCGCGGUCGCUCACGAAGAUCUGGCCUACUGCUUGUACGUGCUCGAGUACAGUUCCGGUAAGUUCGACUCCGCGACGGAAAACGUGGAACAGGCCAUCGACAUCAUGAAGGAACUUGUGCCAUCCAAUCAUCUGAUGUUGGCGUCGGCCAAAAGGGUUAAGGCGUUGAUCCUGGAGGAGAUCGCCCUUGACACGAUGGCGUCCGCCAUCGAUUACAACAAGUGCAAGGGUCUGCUUCUGCAGUCGGAAGAGCUUCACCAGUCGGCAUUGCAUCUUUCGUUGGAGGCCUUUGGGGAGAUCAACGUGCAAACGGCCAAGCAUUACGGAAAUUUGGGCCGAUUGUAUCAGUCGAUGUCGAAGUUCGAGGCCGCCGAGCAGAUGCACAAACGGGCGAUCAAAAUCAAAACCGACAUCCUGGGACCGUACGACUACGAGGUGGGCUUAUCGAUAGGGCAUCUGGCGUCGCUCUACAACUAUCACAUGCAGAAGCACCAGGAAGCCGAGGAGCUGUACUUGAAGAGCAUCGAGAUCAGCCUGCGGCUGUUUGGGGAGUCGUACUCCGGACUGGAGUAUGACUAUCGGGGGCUGAUUCACAUCUACGAUAUUACCGGGGACAUGACGCGAUACGAUCAGUACUCUAAUAUUCUGGAGGAGUGGCGGCUGCUGCGGGAGGAGAAUCAAGCCGUGAGGAACAACUACCCGGCGAUGAUCAGCGAGGACACCACGAUGGAAGAGGUGACGCGCAAGUUCUUCGAAAUGUGCAGCAACUGCAUAACGGGCAGCGUGCCGCUCAGCGAAAGCGACGGCAGCAUCAACCACAACCUGCUGGAGGCGGACGGCGUCCGGCCGGAGUGUGUCUGCGGGAACGAUUGCGCCGGGGACGAAAUCAGUGAAAUCGCAGCCGCAGCAGCAGCAGGUGCGCCUUCCACCGUGCCAGUCAUCGUGGCCGCCGAUGAAAUCCUCCGAAGUGCAUGAUAAUCUCGAUUUCUGUGUGGAUCGUUUCCAGCUCGAAAUGUUAAAAAUCUCUCGAAAAAAGCGCUCUUUUGUGUUGCAGUAAAAAUGAACAGUGAAGAAGCAUAACGGAACAUGUGAUGAUGGAGAACACACUCGAACAUCUACAUUGAGCGAUAUCCAAGUAAUUAUGAGUUAUUAUUUUUGUGAGACACACGAAGGUACCAUUCAAUCAUCACAAAAGCUCGGCAUCCGUCGAUCGAUUUCACCUAAAUGUACUUAGAUUUAUAAAUUAAUGCAGGAUUUGUCCUCACAGUAGCACAAAGGACUCGAUACAACAAUUCUGUCGAUAAAAAUUGAAUUUCGCUUAGCAGCUUGGUUGACUGAGACGCUAUUGCUCCUCUUUUGUUAAAAAAUCUUGCUUACAUUUACCUAUUACAAACUAUCAGUUGCAGUUUGCUGUAGCAAUAUAAUCCUAUGGCGCUUUUAUAGGCUUGUGCUGAUAAAACAAAAAUCGGCAGCAGAUAGGAAUGAUAUCCUAAAUUACUGAAUUUGAAUGGAAACUUUCUUUCAACACGUUAUGCUACUUUUCCGAAGCUCAACACGGAUUGCUUCUGUGCGAAUAAGAGUAGAUCGAAACACAACUAGUAGAAAAAAGAAACGAGUAUCUAAAUGCUUUUGUCAGAAUCGUGAAAGGCAAAAUUAUAUUAGUAGUAAUAGAUGCAAAUUUUAAUCAGAUGAAAAUACA